AUGGGGAAAUCAAAACUGAAUGAUGGUCUUGGUAUCAGAAAUAUUUAUGCUACAAACAGAGUUCUUAUAGAUAAGCUAGGAUGGAGAAUGUGUAAAAACCCUGAUCAGUUGGUUGCUAUCUUCCUUAAAAACAAGUAUUUUCCUAAUCAGAAUAUAUUAGAAAUAGAUAAGGCGGCUAAUACUUCUUCUUGGAUAUGGAAAGGUAUAAUAAAUAGUUUGGAUUUCCUUAGAGCUAACUUGGUGUACAAGAUAAAUGAUGGUAGCAUAACUAGGAUUUGGGAGCAUAAUUGGUUGCCUGGUAGCUCUUCUCCUCCUACUUCUACAAAUUCUAACUUUGGGAAUUAUAUUUAUGUUAGUGAACUUAUUGAUAGGCAAGUUAAUGGAUGGAACCUUGUUAAGUCAGCUUAUAAAGCUUAUAUGAAUGAAUCUUACUCAACUGAUGAUGCAUCUUUCUGGAAAAAAGUUUGGUCCUUAGAUUGUUUACCUAAAAUAAAAUUCUUUGUGUGGAAUAUUUUUGCUCACAUGCUGCCUGUAAAUUCAGUUCUCAAGUUCUAUAAUCCAGCUAUUGAUGACUGCUAUGAUAUAUUUAUAUCUUGGUUUGAGAAUAAUUUGGGUAACUCUCCCUGUGCUGUGAAUUGGCCAAACAUUGGUGCAAUAGUGCUCUGGUCAAUCUGGAAGUUAAGGUGUGAUGUUUUUUUUAGAAAUGAGCAGGUGUCUCUUGACAGAACUAUAACGGAUAUUAAGAGAUCUUUAAAUACCUAUAUAAUAGCUCCCUCUUCGUUUAAGAUGGAUGCUACUUCUGUAGAUAAGUUUACAAUCCAGGAUUUCGAUUAUAUCAUGUUCAUUGGUGGGUCUUUCAAAAAUUUUGACAUGGGUAUUGGAAUCAUGCUUUGUGACAAUGCAGGAAGAAUAAAAAGGUGUAGAGCGGACUUUGGACUGACUUCAAGUGCUUUUGCUGCAGAGACAAAGGCGCUAAUUUUGGCUUCCUCUUGGGCGGAGGAGAUGAGUCUUUCUAAGGUCAUUUUUCUAAGUGAUUGCCUUCAAUUAGUAAACUUUGUGAAUGGAGGAAAGGGUGAUAUAGAUUGGAGGUGUCUGGAUCUCCUAGAAGAUUAUCAGAUUUCAUUUUCUGCUUAUUUGAACUUUAAAAUAGGUUAUGUAAAGCGUAUUAAGAAUAAGAUUGUGGAUAGACUUGCUCGUCGAGCUAGGACUUUAAGUUUAAGAAACAUAUGA